AUGGACAAUAAAGAAACAGCAGACUUGGCGCAUGUUGAGGCCCUCAAGCCUGCAACCGUGACUGCCCAGACUCGGGGCGACGUUCUUCUCGUGACCAGCGAUGAUGUUCGACGAGUACCUGUGCCAACGAAUAAUCCCAACGAUCCACUCAACUCGAAGCCAUGGAAAAAAGCAAUUAUCGUCGCCAAUUGCUGCUGGUUUGCGGUCUUUUCCCUACUAAGCGUCAGCGGCAUCGGAACGUUCAUGAAUACCCUGUUCGAGCUGUACGCACCGGAGGGAAAGUCAGCCGAACAGGUCGUCGGCCUCAGCACCUAUCCAACCAUGGUGAUGGCUCUCGGCAGCUUCGGCAUGCUGCCACUGGCAUUCGUCUUUGGACGCCGACCCAUAUUCCUGUUCUGCAUAGUCCUGGCCCUCGUCAUGGUCAUCGUCGCGGGCACGAGCAACGACUUUGACACACACUUUGCCGCCCGUCUGAUACUGGGCCUAGCCACCGGCUCCACUGAAUCCCUCCUGCCGCUGAUCCUGUCAGACCUGACCUUCCUCGAUGAGCGGAGCUUCUACUUUGGUCUCUACUGGUCGUCCCAGAACGCGAUCAACGCCGGUCUCCAGGUCGCACUGUCGUACAUGAUAGCCGCCUCGUCUUGGCGGUGGUAUUACUGGCUCUUCGCCAUCACCUUGGGCUUCGGUGUUGUCUCCGCCUUCUUCUUUCUCCCUGAGACUCGGUUCCAGCGCCCACUCGCUCUGGUCAACGGAUAUAUUGUCUACACUGAUGACUUUGGACACACACAGUUCCUAACUGAUGAGGAGGCACGGGAGCCGCUCGGUGAGAGGAUGGAGAAUGAGUUGAGCGAGGAACCCGUCCAGAAAAAGACACUUGUGGAGGAACUCAAGCCUUGGAACAGCGUCCCUCCAGACGCCUUUCGAACGUGGCUAAGUGCCUACGCCGCCAUAGCCAAGUCUCUGACUUCACCCGCGGUGUGGUUUGCUCUGUUGGCCUCGUCCAUCACCCUGGGCAUAGGCGUGGCUAUCUCUCUCGUGUACAGUACUGUGCUCGAGGAAUCGUUUCACUGGGGUCCAGAGUCCGUCGGUCUGUUCAACGUGGGAAUCAUCCCUGCCGCUAUCCUCGCCAUGUUCCACUCGGGCUGGUUCGCCGACAAGGUAAACAUCUGGCUGGCGGCUCGCAACGGCGGUGUCCACAAGCCCGAGCACCACCUCGUCCACCUCAUCAUACCGUGUAUCACAGGUGCCAUCGGGAUUGUGGUCUUCGGUGUCGUCGCUAACGAGCCUGAGAAAUACUCUGCCUGGGGCCUUGUCUUCGCGUGGGGCAUCUUCGAGUUCGCCUUCACUGCCGUUCUCAUCACAACAACAUCCUUUGCUGCGGAGGUAGUCCCAGAGAACCCAGGCGCCGCAAUGGUUCCUGUGGUUGGUGGAAAGAACAUCAUAUCGUUUGGCGCAUCCUAUGGGCUGAUACCGAUGCUGAACAUGUGGUCAUACUUGAAGAGCUUCCUCGUGCUUCUGGGAAUCUUCGUCGGCAUCUUUGCCCUGGGUAUCCCUAUAUACUUCCUGAAUCCCAAGUGGAGAGCAUCAGCGCUGAAAAAGAAAUAG